GCAAGUUCACUAGUCACAACACCGGCCGGGCUCGUCCCACUCCCCUCAGAUCAGCUCCCCACCCCAGUCCCCAUGGCGGCCGGAGCCCGAGUGCCCCUGGCGGUGACCGUCUUCGUUGUGGUCGGGUCGACCAUGCUGCUGGCAGCCGCGGCGGCUGACCUGGACGACGACCGUAGCGCGCUCGUGGACCAGUGGACCCGCCUACAGGACCCUGACGGCGCGCUGGGUAUCUGGAACCCGGAGCUGAGCCCCUGCGACUGGCCCCACGUCACCUGCGACGGCCAGGGCAACCGCGUCACCGAGAUAAAAAUCGGCCAUGCGAACCUGUCCGGACCUCUGUCGCCGGAGCUUGGCAAGCUGGACCAGCUAACCAAACUGUGGAUUUCGUGGACCAAUAUCCAAGGAACGAUUCCUGAAGAGCUGGGAAACUUGGAGAACCUGAAUUCCAUGCACUUGCACAACAAUAGCCUCUCAGGGCAGAUACCCGCAUCGCUCGGGAAACUCAAGUCUCUGAAACAGCUGCACCUUCAACAGAACCGCAUGACCGGCCCGAUCCCCAGCGAGCUGGAUGGGCUGUCCGACCAGACGAGUGUUAACCUCUCAAACAACGAUCUGUGCGGCUCGAUUCCGACAAAUGGUCCCUUCAAGAACAUCAAUUCCAGCCUCGCCGACAACCCGCGGCUGGGCAGCAACUGCUAGACCGAUGCACGGCGGCCCGCCCGCCGGAGUGAAGAAUAAACUGGCAGUACUACUACUACUACUAGCAAGCAGCCAGAGAAUCGGGCGGCGCCCGGUUCAUGCAUGUAUUACUUGGGUGGAUUCGUGAGUGAGUUUAAUUUAGCUGCGUGCCAUCCAUGGAAUGAGUUACAUAUAUAUACUUCCCGUACCUAACGGAAUCGCGAUUAAGUUGCUGCUCUGCUCGAUCGAAUA